AGCUUAGCGAUUCUUCAAUUGUACAAAAAGCCCUUCGACGGUUGUAUUUUAAAAGAGUUUGAAUUGUUUCUACUGCCUGGAGAAUCUGUGACGUACUUUAUUUUUCUAUAUUCAAAGGAUUUCCCGAACUCAUUCCCGAGUAUUUGCUUAGAAUAUCCUUGUGCGCCCCGCGUUGUCCUACAAUCGAAUUCAAGCAGAAUAGCUUGCGCUAACGCGAAUUCAUUGCUGCCGCAACCCGGAGGAUUGUGUUGUGGAGGAGGGGUCUGUAGGUGUUCAAGAUGGUGGAUUUCGCAUUAGACAUUGAUGACGGAUCGAACGCGAGCUCCGACAUUGAACAAGAUGAUAUGAUGGAAGAUGCAGAUGACUUAGACCCCGAACUAGAUGGAGAUGGGGAUGGGGAUGGCGAUGGCGAUGGAGACGGGGAUGGGGACGGGGACGCUGAUGGAGACGGAGAUGAAGAAGUAGACGACGACGACAAUGAUGACGAUAAUGGAGAUGAUGAUCAAGAUGAUGGUGACGGCGAUGGGGAUGGGGAAGGUGAAGACGACUUUUCCCCUUCGCAGAACAGAGGAGACCUAGACAAUUCGAACGGGAGAUUGAACUCGAACGAAACUCAGAUGAAUGGCGAGGGUCCCACCUCACAUCCUCAUCCGACUUUAACAAGGACUUCAGCCUCGCCGCAACACAAUUCUGCUUCAUCGUUAUCCCCAAGAUUUAGAUAUGAAGUUAGGCCCGAAGCAUUAACCGCUUCUACCUAUGAUAUUGUACCAACAAUAGCUGCUCCUCAGAGUACAUCGAUCAACGCGAUUACGGCAACACCUGAUAUGAGAUACUGGUUCAGUGGAGGGUCGGAUUGUUUUAUAAGGAAAUACAAUGGAGUCGACACAGUGAAUGGUAAAACAUUACUGACUGUCGCUCAACGGCAUCCAUUUGUCGAUAGUGUAGUUAAAGCUGGUGUUCUUAUGAGCUAUUGGGAUAACGAGGAAUCAAGUAGAGGCCCUGGCGGGGAGGAGAAUCCAUUGUCUCCUGUCUAUUCAUUGGCAGUACAAUCUGAGGCUCUUUGGAUGUUGUCUGGACUUGAAUCGGGAUGUAUAAACUUACAAUCGGUGCGACACGAUGAAGGGAAGAAAAUAGCCACUCUGCAAAAGCAUACAUCUGCUGUCUCGGUUCUCAGUCUUGCUCGCGAUGAGAGAUCUGUCUUAUCAGGAAGUUGGGACAAAAAGGUUCUGGACUGGGAUUUAAAUACUGGAUUAGUCAAGCGCGCAUUUGAUGGGAGUGGUGGUCAAAUCUCUGCAAUAGAAGUAAGACCGGCUUCUACGCUACCUGUUCCUGAAGAAUCUGGCGAACCAAGCCCUCAAAACGGAACCUUCUCUAGUAAUAUUGGGGAAAAGCUACUGCUGAAUGGCGCUUCUGGUGGAAUGAAUGGGACCAAUGGAUUGAACGGAGAUACAGACGGUAAUGAGGAUGCUCCUGGAUCACCUGCAGAUUCUCUUUUCGGGGGUGGAGAUUCAUUAUUUGGAGAUACAGAUGGACUGGGAGCUCCAUCCGGAGGAAACUUCGGUGAUGAUGAAGAUUUGUUCUCGAAAGCCUUGGAUAUGAACAUAGAAGCACGACCAGAUUCUUCCGGUGAUAUGUCUAUGAUGGAUGCACCACCUCUACCAAUUGAGGAAGAACCUGCUUCUUCCCUUCAAAUCCAAUCCGAACAACCACAGGCUGAUCUAUCUAAUGGUUUACCGCAUUCGGAAGAUAUUAUUGAAGCAAAGGCAGAGCCUGAAACUCAAGAUGCUGAUGCAACAUCUGACUCCACAUUUCUUGCUGCGUCUAUCAAUGGAACUAUUCGUGUCUGGGAUAGACGUCAACAAAACCCAAUCGCUCGAAUUUUGACCAGAACAGGAGUACCUCCAUGGUGUAUGUCUGCUUGUUGGUCACCUGAUGGAAACUACAUCUAUGCUGGCCGAAGGAAUGGAACAGUGGAAGAGUUCAGUUUACAUAAAGGUCUCAAACAACCCGAAAGGACGUUUAAAUUUCCAAAUGGAAGUGGUGCAGUCAGUGCUAUAAAAGCCAUGCCUAAUGGGAGACAUCUUAUUUGUGCAUCACACGAUAUCUUACGAUUGUAUGACCUCAAGCAACCACAGACUAAAUCACAUUCAUCCGUACCUUUCCUCAUCGUUCCUGGGCCACCAAGAGCUGGUGUCAUAGCUGCACUUCAUAUCGAUCCGACGUGCAAAUACAUGAUCUCAGCUGCUGGAAACAGGGGUUGGGAAGGUACUAACACGGAGGUUAUGAUUGGUUACGAGAUCAAUAUACCAUCUUAAACAUUUUGUUUCCGGUGUUGUAUCGACAGCCAAAGAUGUUGACCAUGUUCUUAUCAAGCAAUUCCUUUUGGGAAAAAGGGAAAUUGUAUGGCCUUUGGAUAGACAUUUUAGGUUCGUUAUAUGAGACAAGUUCGGAUAUAUCUAAUAUCGUAUAUAAGUGCUAGUCUUAUAAGCACCGAAGAAUUUUGGGGAAGUAUAAUUGCUGCUUGUCAUAUAAAGGGAGUAAGAGAUUCGGUACAGGUUGUUCAAAGGCGUUCAGUGGAUUAUGGGGAUACCACGGGUUGUCCAUGAUGGCGUUCACAAGAUAUUAUAUGUUUAUACAUUCUUUAUACAUUCAGUUUCAUGAUACUAUUGAUCAAUUCUAAAGACUCGAUUUAUCAAG